UGGCCAGUUCGCGAUCGUGCGGAAGUGCCGCGAGAAAAAAACGGGCCUGGAAUACGCGGCAAAGUUCAUCAAGAAACGGCGCCUGUCGUCAAGCCGCCGAGGGGUGAGCCGCGAAGAGAUCCAGCGGGAAGUCAACAUCCUGCGGGAGAUCCAGCACCCCAACAUCAUCACCCUCCACGAUAUUUUCGAGAACAAGACGGACGUGGUGCUGAUUCUGGAAUUGGUCUCCGGCGGGGAGCUGUUUGAUUUCCUGGCGGAGAAGGAAUCCCUGACGGAGGAAGAGGCCACCCAGUUCCUGAAACAGAUCUUGGACGGAGUCCAUUACCUCCACUCCAAACACAUUGCCCAUUUCGACCUGAAGCCUGAAAACAUCAUGCUCCUUGACAAAAACGUCCCCAGUCCCCGGAUCAAACUGAUUGAUUUUGGCAUUGCUCACAAGAUUGAGACGGGAAAUGAAUUCAAAAACAUCUUCGGCACUCCAGAAUUUGUAGGUAGAGAAAUAAUGUCAGAAGAGCCUCUGGGUUUAAAAAUGACACAGGACCCUUCCUUUUCCAGCCUGAGCGGUGCCUCUCCCUUCUUGGGGGAAACGAAGCAGGAGACCCUGACCAACAUUUCAGCUGUGAAUUAUGACUUUGAUGAGGAAUACUUCAGCAACACCAGUGAACUGGCCAAGGAUUUCAUUCGAAGGCUGCUUGUGAAGGACCCCAAGAAACGGAUGACAAUUGAGCAAAGCUUGGAGCAUCCAUGGAUCAAGGUGAUCAAGAGGCGGAACGUCCGCAACGAAGACAACGGCAAGAAACCGGAGCGACGGCGCCUGAAGACCACGCGGCUGAAGGAGUACACCAUCAAGUCUCACUCCAGUAUGCCGCCCAAUAACACCUACAUCAACUUCGAACGCUUCUCCAAAGUCAUGGAGGAGGUGGCGGUGGCUGAGGAGAGCCUGCGGGAGCUGCAGCAGAGUAAGAAGUCCUUCCGGGAGGACAUCGAAGCCCUGCGGUCCAUCUACGAGGAGAAGGAGUUGUGGUACAAGGAGGAGAACCAGGCCAUCAGCCAGGACCUCCGUCAAAUCCAGCAGGAGAUGCAGAAGACGGAGACCCUCAAGCGGCAAGCUCAGGAAGAGGCCAAGAGCACCUCGCUGGCAGCUAACCGGCUGAAACGGCACCUCCGGAAGCUGGAGAACCGCUACGAGGCCCUGGCCAAGCAGAUGGCCUCCGAGAUGAAGUUUGUCCAAGAGCUGGUCCGUUCGGUGGAGCUGGAGAAGCUGCAGGGUGGAGAAGAAGACUGUGGAAUCCGCUAAUGGCACUUUCUGGCCAAGUGGGAGAAGGUCAUCUCUAGGUCAAGUCAAUCCAUCUUAGAUACCUCCUAUCCACCUUUCCAGGGGCCAGAAAACCCUUCAACCUCAUUGAAUUGUUCCCAAAAUUACAUGUUCCGUCAUACAACGCUUCUGCUCGUAACCCCGCAUGGAGGAAAAAAAAUUGUGCAUGCGGACAACUUUCACGUUCCUUCACCUGAAGACGGGACGCGUAUGAAAUGCAGACUCAGCAGAGCGGGCUGUCGGCACACCAGAGGCACCCCCUUCCCCCCCUCUUGCUGGCUGAUGCUUCCUUGAGAACCCCAAACUUUGGAGAUGAUCUGGAAAUCGUUCUCCCCGAAAGAGAUUUCCUGCUGCAGAGGGUCAGGGGGAAGAUCUAUUCUCAUGGAUGUUGAGUUUCUGCAAAUGUGAUCCUCAACCCCAGAGGAGUAUGACUCUCUAACUCAACUCCUCUAGGACAGCCCAUCUUUGGUCGAGAAUUAACCAGGAUUCCUGGGGUCUAGAAAGCAAGCUGGGGAGGGGGAGGGGGAGUUCCAGAAAAAUCUUAAACGUUUCCCAACAUUGCAAAGAUUUUAGGAGGGGGUGUCUCUGUUGAAUUGUGGCUACCCAAAGGCACGUAAGAGACGGGUGAAGAAUGGCAGAUCUUCCCCCAUGAAGCUGGGUGGCAGGGGCAGAAUUGCCACGAGCCUUCAGAAUAGUGUUGGCGAACCUUUUCGGCACCGAGUGCCGAAACGGGAAUGUGUGUAUGUAUUGGAAACCGGAAGAGUAGCUGCCCGAUGCGCAUGCUGGGAAGAUGAUCUUUCGGUUUCCAGCGGUGCAUGCGCACCGGCACCUGGUCCUCCGGUUUCUGGUACGCACACAUGCACAAAUGACCAGCGUGCCAGAACCCGGAAAUCAUUUCCUGGCAGCUGCUUUUCCAGUUUAUGGCGCUCUCGCGGGUGAAGACAAGCUGGCCAGCGCACCAGAACCUGGAAGAUCAACGGGGUGACAGCUCGCCUGCCUGGAGAGAUGGCUGUGCAUGCCACUUCCACCACGCGUGCCAUAGGUUUGCUUUUAAACAAACCCAGAUUUGUUUAAAACCAGCUUAAGAUUUUACCUUUCACAGGGAAGUGGGGAGUGGGGGGGAGUCUAUCUUCUUCUGCCCUGUUGUUUUGGACUUCCGAUGGGUCGCAAGAGACCCUUUUCUUAAGUUUGUGUAUUUUAAUUUCCGUGUUGGGGAACAGGUGGUUUUUUUUUGGUGGUCCGCAAGUAAAACUUUUUGUAAAAAAAAAAAAGAGAGAGAAAAAAAACACCCAUCUCACGAUGCUUCCUUGAGUGAAUUUGGCUUCAUCUUUGGGUGGGGCUGAAUCUAACACCAGGUUUUACUGGGAGCCGCUGGUCUUACUGGGGAUAGAGGUUGAGGCAGUCCUGGGCGGAAGGGUGGGGAGAGAAAUUCUUUCUAUCCAGGUUUUCAAUUUUAUUUAAUGUAUUUAUCAAACUUGUAUCGUCGCACAGUGCUUUGCGACCCUGCUGGCUUCUUCCGUUCCUUUGAACUAUCCUGCUUUGGAGGCCUUUCCUCGGGAUCCCAAAAUAUUUAGAAAAUCUCGCCCUCUCUUUGAAACCAGGGAUUGUCUCUUGAGUGGGACAGUCUAAUUGCUCCUUUGAGCAAUGAAUAAACAACGUCAGAUUUCUUUUGGGAAA